UGCCCGAGGCAGCCGGGUAGGACAACUGGAAUCAGUUGUUCCCGAACGACGCAACACUAGUGAUAGCGAGUGGAUUGUGUAGCUAUAAAAAAGGUGGGGGGGCAAACAAAAACAAAACAUUGCGCACAGAAGGAAAAUAAAACGGAGCGGAUUUAUAGGAGGAUAUAAUAAAAUAGUUUAUAAAGCAAAAACAACAUGGUGAUAGGAGAGCAGGUGGAGGGCGGCGAGGCGAUGCCGCCCUCGCCCCAACAGUACCCGCCCCAGAAGGCCACGAUAGAGAACAUCAUGAGCGGCAUAGAGAACACCGGUACCGUGAAGAUGAACAAUCACAGGAAAAAACUUCGCCAGAGAUUCGACAUCAUCAAAAAGCUCGGCCAGGGCACGUACGGCAAGGUGCAGCUCGGCAUCAACAAGGAAACCGGCCAGGAGGUGGCCAUCAAAACCAUCAAGAAGAGCAAAAUCGAAACGGAAGCUGAUCUCAUUCGGAUACGGCGGGAGGUGCAGAUUAUGAGCUCCGUGCAGCAUCCCAACAUAAUACACAUUUACGAAGUAUUUGAAAACCGUGAGAAAAUGGUACUAGUCAUGGAGUUCGCGGCCGGCGGCGAACUGUACGAUUACCUCUCCGAGCGGAAGGUGCUGGCGGAGGAGGAGGCACGACGCAUCUUCCGCCAGGUGGCCACGGCCAUCUACUACUGUCACAAGCACAAAAUUUGCCACCGCGAUCUGAAGCUGGAGAACAUCCUGUUGGACGAGAAUGGCAACGCGAAGAUUGCUGACUUCGGACUGUCGAACGUGUUUGACGAGCAGCGGUUGCUGGCCACCUUCUGUGGCUCUCCGCUGUACGCCUCGCCGGAGAUCGUGAAGGGGACACCGUAUCUGGGGCCGGAGGUGGACUGUUGGUCGCUGGGCGUGCUACUCUACACCCUCGUGUACGGUGCGAUGCCCUUCGAUGGGGCGAACUUCAAGCGGCUGGUGAAGCAGAUCAGCCAGGGUGAUUAUUUUGAGCCGAAGAAACCGUCCCGGGCGUCACCACUGAUCCGUGAAAUGCUGACCGUGUGUCCGCGACAGCGUGCCAAUAUCGAGCAAAUCUGCAACCACUGGUGGGUGAACGAGGGCUACGAUGAGUCCUGUCUCGAUCUGGCGGAGGAGCUGGCAAACCAGACACCGGUCCGGUUGGAUGUCCUGCUGUCGCUGGCACCACCCUCGGUCACGGCCGACCAGCUACUCGUCGGCAACGGACAGGACGAGGCUAAGGCGAAGGAUCGCAUCCAGCGAAGCCACUCGGUUGGUUCGAUCGUCGACAUGGGUGGAACGGAGGCGGAACGGCGAAUACUGGAUAUGGUGGCGGCGGGCGGUGAAGCUGCCCUUAUGCCAUCGCCGACGCGCACCAUCACACCGGCCGAAGCAACGGCGGGCAGUCCGGCACAGACGAAGCGGAAGCUUGAGACGACGGUUUCGACUGAGAAUGCUACCGGCGCGGUAAAGAAGAAGGACAGGGCGGAUCCGUCGCCUUCACAGCCGCGCAUUCCGGAGGUGAUGGACAUGGAGGAAGAGGAGCAGCAGGGAGCCAAGGAGGCUGAGCUGGAGCAGCCCGUGGAGACGCAGAAGACAAGUGAAGCGCAGCCAGCAGCGGAAGAAGCUGUUGGACAGCAGGAACCGAUUCGUUCCACCGAAGCCCCUAGUGGCAAGCUGGUCGAGGCGACUGACGUGCUGGAGGAUUUGCAGAACCUCGAAAACAUGUGUGAUGAGUUGCUACUAGAGGCAGCCGCCCAACCGCAUCAAUCCAAAGCUCAAGCAGUACAAUCAACAACGAAAGUCGAUCCAUCCUCCGAGCCACCACCACCGGUCAGUGCCAAUGGAACAUCGGCGUCGGCUGCAAGCACUCCCACAUCCGAAGCACCCGUCAAAACUGUCUCGAGUGUUCGAGCGAAGCUGGAGAAGUUGGAGAAGGCUGGUGAUAACAGCGAGUCGAAGCCAGCGUCGUCAGCUAUACCGGCCGUUCGGAAGGUAUUUGGCAAGAACAAAACCACCGAUCUAUCCUCGGCCAUCAAUGAGGUGAACACACAACAUCCGGUCGGGUCCGCCCAUCGGUCGGCCAGCAGCGGCGUCGAGCGCAAGAGCAGCCUGCCAGACGAAAGUCUCGCUCGAACGGCCGAACGGCGAAAGUCACGCAUCCUCGAGACUGCGGAGAAGUUCCAGGCCAUGAACCAACAUCAGCAGCAGCAGCCGGCCGGGUCGGACAAGUUCAAGAAAUUUGUGCUCCCAGGCGGAGGCGUGCCGACGGUGGGUAACUAUAAGAAGGAGUUCGAACGAAAGACUGGCCUCAGCAACUCGGCCACCUUCACCAAGCCUCCACCGUCUGCAUCUACACUGGUGGACGCUCAGCAGCGGAAAUUACACGAACCGGAACUUCAGCCGGAGGCCACUCCACCCCCGACGUCCGGGCCGAUCAAGAGCAUUUCGGGCUUCCAGCAGUCCCACGACGACUGUCGGUCAACGGAGUCCCCUUCGCUGACCACCAGUGGCAAAUCGGACGACGAGGUGAAGGAAAGCGACUCGAAGAGCUCGGUCGGUAGCUUCUCGCUCGAGGAUGCCCGGCGUUCGAUGGAAAACUCGAUCGCUAUGCUUAGUCGAGCUAAAACGAGCGACACAAGCGCACCGACAACGCCCACCAUCGAUCAGCUGUGCGCCCGCACGGAGAGCGUUUCAAUGAUGGAGGACAACGAGCGCGAGCGGAAGCUUAAGAACGCACGGGAAAUCAUUGGCAACGCCAUCCCGAUCGGGCGGCUGCGUAAGCCACCGAUGCCGUUCGGGGCCAACGGCCGCUCGACGACUGGCACGCUCGGCAUCAACAAACCCAUCGAGACAAUGUCCAUCCCGAGAAAAGUGUUGUUCGGUAGCAUCCCGAGCACGCCGCGAGAUGAGACGAAAACUUCACACGCCGAAAUCACACUGAAAUCUGCCACGCUUCCCCGACGAAAGCUGUCCAACAAGCCCCUCGAGCUGCUGGGAGAUGCACAGACAAAGGCCGAACAACGCAUGCAGCCGUCAGUUCAACCGCCCGUUGCCUUCCCGCCGAUGCGUUUCUCAACCGAAGUGCAGCACCAGAUGCCGGACCUUCGCAGUGCCCCGAUCGGACGCGAGCUUCCGCCCGCCUUCGCCCCGAUGGCCCACCAGCACCAGCAGCAUCUGCACCAGCGUGCAAACAGCCUGGAACCUCAGGGCCGGGACCAGCAAGGGUCUUCGGCAUUCGCGGCAGCGCAGCAGCAAAAGCCACCCGCAUACCAGCGCACCAUGUCCGGUGCUGGCUACGGUGCUGGUUACGGCGGUGUGACUUCAUCGAACGUCCCAUCACGAGCCGGCACCCUAUCCCGCCAGUCGACCAACGAUUCGAACGACUCGGACAACACCAUCUCGCAGGGACCGAUUUCCACGAACGCUUCCGGCAUCAUGUCGGCGGGCACGAUCAGCAACAGUGGCAGCACGACGAUGCCGAUCAAGAAGAGCCCACGGGAGUAUAUUAUCCCGAUCGCGGUCGAGGGCGGUGGAUUCGUGACGCCACGUGCCAACAGUUUGGAACCGUCCGAGUCAAACAUGUCCGCCGCUACGAACGCGAGUGGCGCUGCCGCUGCCGGAGCAGGCUUCGGAAUGAAACCACGCAUCGGUCGCCCACGUCGACUAGGUUCGCUACUAAUGGAAAACGAAGGCGAAGGUGGAGAUGCAUCACCUUUCCCACGACUGAACCGACAUACCUCGUUGGGACGUGAAAGCGAUUCCGAGGAACCGAAAUUCAACACGAUGCAUCGUUUAAGGAGCUCGCGACCAUCGAAACGUGGUACGGUGGACCCGAACGAUUCGGCCAGCUCUGGUGAAGAGGACGACGACGACGGCUUCGAAAUUUUGACUGCCGAAAAUCUCUUCUCCACGCUUCUUUCUCGGGUUCGUGCCCUUACCAAUCGUCUCAACGUAAACGAUGUCAAUUCGCCGCGAUUCCCAGCGUCACGGUUCAUGAACAAUCUGCGUCAAACGCAGGCCCCCUUCUGGCAUCAGGAUCCAUUCGGAAGUUAUCCCGAAGUGGUAAAAUAUGUUUUUCUUCUGUCUUCCCAUCGGCGCAGGCACAUGAACGAAGGCCACGGGGCCAACGCCGCCUGGCGGCAUAGCAUGUCGCGGGAUCUGAGCACGGACAUCGAUUCAAUGUUUUCGCGCAGCGGAGCCACACUUCCAAGAGUGGGAUUCCGCGUUACGUUAUCUCAUGUACCAAAAACCAGUACGAGUAGUAGUUCCCACACAGUCUCGACUCCACCCGCAACCCUAGCUUCUAGUACAACUUCAGCAACGAAUUCUUCUACCACCAACAACAAGAACAACAACAACAACAACAACCAGAACAACAAUACCAUCACUAUCAAUACUAGCAAGUCCAGUUCUUCCUCCAAGAACAACAGCAACACAGCAACAACAGGCACUCCGCCGGGCGUGGAUCUGGCAUCCUUGGCCGCGUACGGCGCCUACAACGGGGGUGAGAGUAAGGACGCCAGCUCCAGUGCGCUGGGGGUUGGAGGAAGAAGAAGUAGUGUCGAAGGCGAGGGAACGGGUUUCGUGGCAAGCGGUACCAAUGGUGCGAGCCACCAGCCAGACGAAGCGGACGGUGCCGGCAACGGCACGACGGAGGAAAAUCUGGAUCUGCGCGAUCUCGAUCUGUCGCAGUUGCGUCUGUCGAAGCGUGACCUAGAGACCCUGUCCAGCAUCACGCCGGCGCUAUCACAGCGCGUCCAGGAGCAGCUGCUGGCUCAGCUACCUCCGCAACAGGCUCGCAAGCUCUCGCGUACCCUCUCGAUCCAGAACAGCGGAGGGUCGUCACUGGCAUCGGCCAACCAGCGACUCUACCGGCGAAGCUACAGCAACAGUUCCGGCAGCAGAUCGGUCGAUGCGACCGACUACGGUGUUGGUGGUUGGAGUGCGUCCGGAGGAGGGGGCCGGCGUGGUGGAAGCCAACCGCGGGACAUCCUAUCGCCACCACCGGCGUACCAGAGUACGACACCGCUGUACGAGAAGUACGCUCCGUACGGUUCGUCCAGCAUUCCCAGCGAUGUCUCCGGUAUGUCUGCGUACGAGGCGAGAAAGUCGGCCUCACCACACACACUUCCGGCGGCGGAGGGUCUUGCUCCAACGCAGAAGCGUCUGUCACGCUUCCUUCGGCCCGACUUUUUCGAUCCACCGAAGGAAGAACGACCACAACACCACCUCGAAGAGUCUGCAUCUGGGGCGAUGGAGAAUGGCUCGGACUCCACCUCACCGCUCGUUACGAUGCGCGAGGGAAGCGCCAGCGGACGAGCACGCCGGGAGAAGCUGGCGAACGAUACGAUCACCGAUCGGUUGAGCUACUUCCUGGAGAAGUACAAAAAAUCGGACGCAGACGAGGAGUUCGGUGGAGUUCGUGCGCACCGGCGAAGUCUUUCGCGUUCCCGCGAAAUGGAAGACCCAGCGGCAAGAUCGGAGCAGUACCGGUCGGCGGCGGAAACACUCUCGCUGCUGCAGGAGCAGCUACAGGAUCUGACCAACAUGACGUCGCUUACGGCACAGAUGGCACAGCUGAAGAAUGCCGGUGCAGGUGAAGAAAUGCCGCCACCUUCGAUUCCACCGUCGGAGUGUAGUGUGCCGGGAUGCCCAGAUUGUGGUGGAACGCAGCCGGACGAUAGUACCAUCCCGGCAGUCACGGAAGUCACAGCUUCCACCAUGGAUGGUGCACCAACGCCGACUGAAGUCGUGGCUCCAGCGUCUAUAGAACCGAAGCCUACAACGAAGAAGAUUGUCAAGGUUAAAAAGGUGAAGAUAGUGAAGAAGGUGGUUGCCGGCGGAAGCACAGGAACCAGUGAAACCGCCACGCCCAAUGGCGUGGAAUCCAGCACUCCUACGGUCGUGGUAAAGAAGGUGAAAAAAGUGGAACAACAGCCAGAUGUAGCCACCCAACCGCGUCCAGCUGCAGCCAGUACAGUAUCGGCGGAGAAGCAGAAGAAAGAGUCCAAGUUGAUACGCCCGAAAUCGUAUCCCUGCAAGGAACCGGGACAGGACACCACCAAGCUAUCCGUUGCGGGAGACAUUUCCCUCGAGGCACCGAUGUCGAACGCUUCCGAAGCAAAGGAACUACCGGCUGACCAACAAUCGACAAGCUUGGUCGCUGCCGAGUUUCCCGCCGUUACUAGUGCGGGAACUCCUUCGAACGCCGUCAGCAAAAUCGCUCGUCCAAAGAGUUUCCCUUCGUCAAAGCUGACUCCUCCGAAAGAUCUAAAGUUACCAAAGUCACCCACAUCCGAAGGAGGUCCAGUCGUGAAAGAGGAUUCUGGUACCGGAGCGACAUCUCAGCCGUCGGAGGAUAUCAAAUCGAACGGAACUGGCUCGACGGCAGUGGAAGCAUCGUCGGGAAGCACAACCACCAGUCCGCCGAAGAAGGUGAAAAAGGUUAUACGGAUCGUGAAGAAGGUUUCCAAAGCGUCGACUUCCGAAACCAACGGCAAAGUGACCAGCGUAGUGUCCUCCGUCGAAACUGCCCCGGGGAAAACAACGAAGGAGGGUUCAGUGGCGAAGGAAGUGACCGGUAAAACGGUCACUAUCAAGGAACCCCCGACGGUUAACUCUGAAGCGGUGACCACCACUUCGGCGGCGAAGGAAAAAUCGAAAUCGCCAGAAAAGAAACCCAAGCAGGGCUUUCUGGCCAGCAUUGGGCAGAAGUUUGAAAAGUUCCGGGACACCAGCAAGAGCAACAAGGAGAAGAAGGCAGCCGCUGCGGCGGCCGCUGCCGCAACAGCAGCCAUUGAGCAAGCGGCGGAUCAAUCGGUGCCGCUGAAGAAGGAGAAGAAAAAGAGCAAGAGUGUCACCAACGCAACGCUCUUGCCGGACGACGCUCCGAUGGGCGAGAAAGGUUCGACGCGCAAGUCGCGCAUCGACUCGGUGAUACGGAACCUGCGCGAACUGUCGACGGGGCCGCGCGUGCCCGAGUUGACCGAAUCGAAGCUGAUCAAGCGGGCCGUCAGCGUGGAGGAGAUGCCGGGCACGUUCAACCGGUGUGGCGUCACCAAGGUACUGGGGCUUUUUAGGAAAAUUGAGAAAGAUUCACGCAAUAACCGUCUUCUUAAUACCAAGUCGUCUAGCCACAUCGUGAUGGGUGGUCGGUCGGACGAUGGCCCGACUUCCCCGCGCCGUCCCGAUAUGCCCGACCUGAUGCAGCCGAUCGAGCGCGACGUUCACAGGCUGCGGGAGGUCGCCGAACUGCAGCCGUCGAAAUCAUCGGCCGGAUCUGGUUCGGUGGUCCGCCAGAAGGCGUACGGUGGUGCCCGUAGUGACACCGUGCUACCCCAGUACCCGACCACCGCCGGGAGCACACUCUCCAACGGGGAUGGCGGUGGUGACGGUGAGCAGCGUAAGUUUAGGGUGGCACCGCCCGGUGCCCGCCCGUCUUCGAUAUCGCAGAUACCGGUUAAGUAUGGCUAUCCCGGUUGCGAGAAAGAUUGCCAAACGCCGCCACCCCAUGGUGGUAGCGAGGGUGAAAACGCCGGUGAGACUGGUGGCAGGCCCGGCCGGAAGCAGCCGAACAGCAGUGCUCCUUCCCGCGAAGAACCGGACCGAAGGGGCCGGGCCCGUGCGCUGACGAUCGAUCUCGAGCAGGCCGUACACUCGGCGACGGAAAAACUGAAGCGCCUGCAGCGGGCGAACAGCUGUAAUCACCACAGUAGCAACAUACCGACAACACAACAACAACAACAGCACCCCUACCACCAGAAUUCCCACCAUGCCAACAAUAAUUACAUCAGCAAUCCUAGUAGCAAUAGUCUAGCACUAGCAAAUAAGGCUUGCGUGAACAACAACACCACCACCACCACUACCACCGGUUACACUAGCAACACACCAACCGCAGCAUCGGUUGCUACGAUGGGUAAUGGAGGUAGCAGCAAUAAUAACUAUAGCUACCCCCCGCCGUUACCCUGCGAGAUGACACUAGGGUCAACGGGCGGUACGACGGCUUCGUCAGGAUAUAAUAGCAUGAGCAACAACAACAACAACAACAACAACCACGAAAAUAAUAUCAAUCUCUACUGCACACUGACACCGUCGUACGAUAGCAUCACCAACUACUCCUCUGGUUCGCGAAGUAGUCCGUACGACGACAACUCGUCCAGCACGUUCCUUUCGCCGUCGGAGGAACGCGAGCUGUACUUUGACAGCUGGUCGGUGUGCUCGGACGAGCUGCUCGGUGGCCACCCGAUGCACGCGUCCGUGUCACCGGCGUCGUCGUCGUCCGUGUCCCGGCGCCAAUCGCGGCUACUAACCACCCCCCAACUGACCUCUGUCUCCCCAGUAGAUCCGGACACGGAGAGCGUCAUCGAGCGGAUCCGACGUAAGAGCUUCUACACGCGUUUCAACGAGAAGAAACCGGCCAAACGAGCCUCGGCGAGUAACCUGUUGGGUACGAAUGGUAGUGGACCGCAGGCGACCGCAUCAGCUAGCAAGGACGGUGGAAGCUACGGGUACUACGGUGCAGGCGGUGGUGCGACCAGUAGUAGCAGCUUCACACGCGAGAAAUCACUUACGCGAGGUGGAUCCUCGUCCUACCUGCUGCGGUCCUCGUCAAAGGACCCCUACGGCGGUGGCGGUAAGUACGACGGGUAUGCCACGGUUGGUCGCAGUGGCGAUCAUCUCCACAGUCACCACAAUCGCUACGCCACGAUGGUGAACCUGAGUAAAUCGAACCGAAGCGUGCGCCAGCUGCGUCAGAGUAGCCUGGACGUUCCCCUGGCAACGGGCGGCGGCCAGGACUAUCACCAGCUGGCAAACCAUCACCACCACCACCUACUACACCAUCACCAUCACUACCAUCCGGUUCAGCAAGCGUCCGCUACGACUGCUUCGUCGCUGUUGUCACGAACCGGUUCGCGGCGGCUCCUCGACCGAGCGACCGACGACGAUCCGCUGACCGAUGGUUUCAACUACAACAACAAUCUCCACCUCCACCGCCACAACAGUAACAUCAUCAACAACAACAACAACAACAACAACAACAACAACAACAGCCAACACCACAAGUACACACGCAACACAUACUACGAAGGCACUCCGUCGUCGUCGUCGGCGGCGGCGGCGUACGGGGCGUCCUACACACCGAAGCGUCGUUCGUCGUUCGUGGGCGGCGGUGGAGUCGGUGGCGCCGCUUCCUCAUCCUGCUACGGCACUAAUAUAGCUUCGUCCUCUUCGUCGAUCGCGCUAGAUCUGCUCAAGGAUAGGGACAAUCGCGCGGACGGCGGCAACCACGGAUCGGCAACGGCUUCCUCCUCCUCGUCGACUACGCUGUCCGCGUCGGAUAACUACGGUGCUGGUGCUGGUGCUGGUGGAGGUAGCGGUGGAAGCAGCAGUGGUGGUGCAACAACCAGUGGAGCGCCACCGCGAACGAUCCGGGCGUAUGAGGCGCGCAGCAGCUCGCUCCUGACACCAACGGCAUUGCGCGACGCAGGACGCUACGGUGGCCGGUACGAUAGUGGAACACUAACCAACAACGCAGUGCAACUAAUCAAAAGCCGACUCUAUUCCCUCUUGCUCCGGUGCACUACCUCCACCGCUGGCAACACGCGUGGCCAAUCGCACCAUCGUCACACCGACGCCCGAUUGUGA